UUUAAUUGUAAAUUACAGUGCCGUUUAUCUUUUUUAUUAUAUUUUAUCUUACCUUUAUUAUAAUAAAUUAGAAAAUUGUGUUUAGAAUGGAAAAGCCUAAAGAAGCUAAAAAAGUUAGAAAACCUUACGAAGAAAUAGGCGCUAUAUUCAAUGGAAAUGAGGUAAAAAUAAGAGUGCCUAAAAGUACAACAAAGCCCCCUAAACUCACGUCAUCUCAGCUGAAACUGCAACAGCACUGCACCUGCGAUGAUGACCGAUCUGUCUGUUCCGAGACUUGUGGAUUACCAGGACAGUCUGUAGGGGAUGGUCGAGCGGCCAAUCUGUUUAAUAUACAGAUUCCUGAUGACAUCUGCGAGUCGCUCACACAUAGGACUGCUAUGAAUUCUGAGGUAGUGUAUAGUACCGCAGAGAAACACGACACGCUUUGCGACGUAUGCAACGUGACCCCCAAAGACGCCCCCAAAGGUGUCCAAGCGCAGAAGGUUCUCCAUCCAGACAAAGACGUUUUCAUCCUGCAGAUUGGCAAACAGACAGAUGAACCCAACCGUACUGGAAAUAUAGAGGUUGAAUUGAUAACUCCUAGAGCGCCGGCAAAAAUAAAGCCGGCUACACACGCCUGUAAGCAGAUACAGUGCGAAGACGAAGAUAUACCGUACUGCGUACCAUGUAGGACUUGUAGAGUGCCCGCUCCCAGGAAAAAGAGGAAGCGUGCGAGAUGUUGCAAAAAAUAGCUUCAAAUUCUCUUUACAUUUUUUAAAAUUAAUAGUAAAAUAUUCGUCAUGUUAUUUCGAAAUUUAGAUUAAAUUAAAUUGUGCAAGUUAAAGUCCUUGGCAACAUUAUCAUCAGACUAAAUUUACUGUUUACAUUCUCAGUUUUAAGAAAUGGCUGAUAUUAAACAAUUUUUCUACACAUAAGCAACAAAUUUAAAAAAGAAUUAAAUGAGUUAGACCAGAGUUACGUUACGCAGAUUUAUAACUAUUCAUCGAUGUGUAUGUGAAAAAUGUAACAUUCUGUAUAGUGUCAAUUCAAUGUCAUGAGUACUAUCAGAAACAAAAGUGUUAUAAUAAACUUAUUAUUUUUAAACUUAAA